AUGGGAUCAGAGCACUCCAACCCAAUCCCUAGGAAACCCUCGCCAGUGUACACCAGAACAGGGGCAGUACUCGUCCAAGUGAUAGUGACAUUCACAAUAGCCCUCACAUUGGGCCUGAUCAUCGGCCAGAGACUAUCAGUCAACAAGUGGGAUGGAUUUAUACGUGAGAAACCCAUUCCCCUCCCACAGAUCAAAGAUAUACUGAGAACAUUCGUCUUAACAGUACCCCAAGGCACAAUCAAAACAGUCUGGGAGCAUAACCUCACCUUUUCCCAACGCCCAACGUCUGAGUCCGAAGCAGCGUGGAACUCCAUAAUCCCAGGUAAUCCAACUCACACGUCCAGCAGGGUCAAGAAACGCACUAAUCAUGGAGAACCAGUCGGACGGGGUUUCAUCCAUCAUCCUGAACUCGCGCCGUUCAUCUCGAACAUCGCUGUCUUUCACCAAUUGCAUUGCUUGCACGCUAUUCUAGUCGCCUACUAUGUCGCCGUGGAGGAUUCCGAUGUAGCGAAGGGGGCGCAGCGUCCGGAUGAGUACCUCCAACAGACGGGAACGAGAAUGGCCCCGUCGCAUAUCCGGCAUUGCUUCGACUACCUCCGACAAACGUUGAUGUGUGCGGCGGAUACAAAUCUAGAGGUGCUGGAUCCUGAAACGCAUACGACGAGUGGGUGGGGGCAGAGCCGGCGGUGUCGGGAUUAUAACGAGGUCGUGAUGUGGGCGGAGAAGUGGGCGAAUUCGACGGAUACGGGGAUUGUUACUUGA